AUGGUAGAUAACUUCUUAGCGAACGAGGAGACUUUCCUGCCUUACAGUGGCUCUCCGCCGGCCUACCGGCUGUCCGACAUGGUGACAGACUCAGGCUCCUACCAGGUGAUGCCGUCACCGUUUUCGGAGGAUGACCUGAGCGAGUCGUCCAGCCCUCGUUCGUGCUCCAGCCCGGACUCCCAGGUGCUCAGCUCCAGCUACGGCAGCAGCUCCAGCGCCGAGAGCCAGGACAGCAUCCUGGACUACUUGCUGUCCCAGACCUCUUUAGGAGGUGCCAACGGUGCCACAGCGGGGUCGAUGACCUCUAUGCCGCUUCCCUCUUUCCUAUGGGACUCACGGAGGGUUGUGCCCUCCAAACAGGAGCCUGUGAAGGAGGAAAAUUUGGACUUUCCUGUUUGGUCCAAUGUGGAGAUGGAGGAACCACUUGGAGCGUCCUUCCAGCCCACACUGGAGGAGAUCGAAGAAUUUCUGGAGGAGAACAUGGAGGUGGUGACCAUGAAGCAGGAGCACCAAGAGGGGUCCCUAGGGCUGGGCCUGGGGCUGGAUGAGGUGCUGGGUCUGGAGGUUGGCCUGGAGCUGAGCAGGGAGGCCUCCCCAGGGUCCAGGCUGGACCCAGAGGCCACACUCUCAGACCAAACUGUCCCCACCGCCAGUGCUGCCACCACUGAGACCAAAACCACACCAGUCAACCCCACACAUGAAUCAAGCACAGGGACACACACCGGGGCCAAGAAGCCAUCAGCCAACAAACCUGUAUCAACGGAGAGCGGAGCUAACGGUGGCAGUGGUGGGAUGCCGGUCAUCCUGCAGAUUCAGCCCAUUCAGAUCAAACAGGAGCCCACAGCGGCGCCUCUGACCCCGGUGGCCCAGCCCCCACAGCCUGUCCCUGCCUCAGACAUCAAAAUCGCGCAGCUACUAGUCAACAUCCAGGGUCAGACCUUUGCCCUGGUGCCCCAGAUCCUCCCUUCCCCCAACCUUAACAUGUCCUCUAAGUUUGUACGCAUUGCACCAGUCCCCAUUGCAGCCAAGCCACUUGGGCUUGGAGACGGCUCGGCCAACCAAGGAUCAGGGAUUCUUGUCGGAGGUCAGAAGUUCCAGAAGAACCCGGUGGCGGACCUUAUAAAAAUGCACAAAUGCACUUUUCCAGGCUGCACCAAGAUGUACACCAAGAGCAGCCACCUGAAGGCCCACCUGAGGAGGCACACGGGGGAGAAACCGUUCGCCUGCAACUGGCCCGGCUGUGGGUGGAGGUUUUCCCGGUCGGACGAGCUGUCGCGACACCGGCGGUCCCACUCGGGGGUCAAGCCCUACCAGUGCCCCGUCUGCGAGAAGAAGUUCGCCCGCAGCGACCACCUGUCAAAACACAUCAAAGUCCACCGCUUUCCACGGAGCAGCCGGACAGUCCGCGCCGCAAACUGAGACCCCGCUGGGAUCGCCGGGAUCGCUCUCACACGGACGAAGGCCCCCCAGGAGGAGGGUGUGUGUGCGCCGCUGUGAAUGUCUGUGUGUGUGUGUGUGUGUGUGUGUGUGCGUUGGGAUGUUUGUGCGAUCGUGAGUCAGCGUGACUGCGUGGGUGGGAGCGCGCCUUGCUUUUUCACAAAGUGUGUGAUGAUGACGUUCUAAUUUAUUGUACAAAGGUAAACCAACGAGUUACCAUCGUCUGUGUCGUUGCUGAAGUCCGUUGCUGUUGGUGCUUUUGUACGUCCGUCUCCUCUGUACGUUUGUCUCUCACUUCUGUCUUUAUCUCCACGCCUCGGCCGGCGGGAGACGAAACAGACUGAUUUUUUUCUUCGAAUCUGGAUGAUGUGAUCGUCUUCUCAGCGUCUCUGUUUCAACCCGGAUAAGAACAACUGCCUUUUAUCUUCCUGAAAGCUGCCAAUGUCUCGGACAUUCCUCAUCUUAUGCAAUGUUUAGGAAGUGGGAGCGAGGUUCCUCCUGAAGCUUUGCCCUCGUUUUUUGCUGCCUUGCACCACGGCUCGUUUUGACAGAAAGGUCGAGGAGCGCCUUUUGGUCAUCCAACUCGGUGUGGAUGCACAGGUGGAGGAAAGUGCCGCAGUGUGUGGACCUGAACUACUGAUCGCGUGACCGAGGAAGGAAAAUGUCGCUAUAAGCUAUUGGGGCUCCUCUCACAUUUUAGAGCAACCCUCUACACCUGCUAAGAUGUAAGGGGUGGGGGUUUGGGGGUGGGGGCGAAAUCGAGCAACACAAGAAAUGCAAAAAUGGAUACACAACUAAAAAGUGAAGCGCACAGUAAUGAUUGUGAAACGGGCCUUCUGAUCAGUGUUAAGUGUUCUUGUAGAUGUUAUUUUAUUCAGCUUUUUAUCGAGACGUCGCGUACCUUGUCGGUCUUCUCUUCUUAUCGCUUCUCUGGCCUUACUGCACCACAAAAUCCUUACUGGAGAGCCAAAUGGUUUCAGAAAUCAUGCUUUUCGGUGAUGUAUUUUCUUUUUUUUUUUUUUUUUUUUUUUUUUUUUUGACGGGGAUGGGGGUGUUGAGUGACGGCUUCGAGCCUGAAUAAUCAAAAAAGGUGUCAUAAUACAGCCCAUGUCAAUCAGUGCAUAGCCAUGAAACUGAAUGUCUCAGUUUGCUACUACUAUUAUUAUGAUGAUGAUGAUGAUGAUGAUGAUGAUGAUGAUGAUGUUUAACUAUUAUUUUGCUGUUGACUUGACACAAAAUCUGCCUCAGCUGCAUUUUAUCUGUUACUGGAAUACCCCGACAGGCCUUGGCCCUCAACUGGAGGUAUUGUUUGUGUUGAGGUGACACAAGUGGACUCGCACUACACACACACACGCACACACACACACCCAUGGUGCUGAACAACCAGGAGAAUGAGCUUCUGGGAAAUGUAGUCAACAACAUCCCUUUUGAGGCCACGACACCGCUGUUUUGUCAUUUUUAUUUUUACUUUUAUUUUUUUUUUAAAUGUCCUAUUUGCUCUUGAACAUUAUUUGCUAUGUACAUCACACCCUGCCGUGAAAAUGUAGGGGUGUGACAGUGCCGUCCAUGCAUAAUUCAUGUAUGUCAAGCAAGGAAAAACAAACAAACAAACAAAACAAAACAAAACAAAACAAAAAAAAAGCAGGGGUACACACUAUUGUACAUCAUUCCUUUCAUUCAAUUUUUGAAUUUUUCAAUGCUUGUUUGAACACAGGUGUUUUAUCGCAUCCUAUGAAUGUAUGUAAAUAUGCAGGAGUGUACAUAUAGCUGCAUCCACAGGAAACACACAGAAGACUAUUCUGAUACCAUAUCUUGAAAAAAAAAAAAAAAAAAAGUCAAGUGGUUGUGAAGAUUUCUAG